AUGGUUGCUUCAACGUCGGCUUCGACCAAGACACGGAGGCCCUACCUCGGCUUAACUGGAGGAUGGUUGACCCUUUGGAUAACGAUUGCUUGUGCCACCGACAUGAGUCUUUUUGGCUAUGAUCAGGGAGUCUUCGGUGGCGUUGUAGUCACAGGUGACUUUCUCGAGGUCCACGGGCUCGUAGGCCCAACGAAGACUUCAACCCUGUCGACUGUAACCGCAAUCUACGACAUUGGUUGCUUCUUUGGUGCCGUCAUGGCGUUUACCCUCGGGGAGCGUCUGGGCCGCAAAAAGGCCAUCAUGCUGGGGACCACUAUCAUGGCCGUUGGAACCAUUCUCCAGAUGACUUCAUACAGCUUGCCGCAGAUCAUUGUCGGUAGAAUAGUUCUCGGGGCUGGAAACGGUCUCAACACGUCAACGGCCCCGAUUUGGCAAACCGAGACUGCCUCCCCUCAAUGGAGAGGGAAGCUCGUGAUCUUGGAUAUGAUGAUGAACAUUGCAGGUUACGCCUUGGUCAACUGGAUCAACUACGGAUUGUCCUUCCACGGCGGCGCAAUUGCAUGGCGCUUCCCGAUUGCAUUCCAGUUUAUCUUCUUUUUCAUACUAUGGGGAACAGUGCCUUGGCUUCCAGAGUCUCCUAGGUGGUUGAUGGCCCAUCAGCAGGAGGCAAAGGCCCUGGAAGUUCUCUCCUGCCUAGAAGCCAAGCCUGUUGACCAUCCGUACAUUACAACCAUGCGAAAUGAGAUUGAGUUUAGCGUUCGUUAUGAGCGCGAGAACAGCCUCAGGUGGCGAGACCUUCUUUCACGGAAGAAGUCCCAGCACGAUACCAAGACGGUCCGAAGACUGCUUCUUGGAGCAGGUACACAGUUCAUUCAGCAAUUCGAAGGAAUCAAUGGCCUUGGAUAUUAUUUUCCUACGGUGCUGAUCAAAUCCGUGGGGCUAUCGAACCAAAUGGCAAGGCUUCUCGCCGCCUGCAGCGCGACCUCAUAUCUUGUGUUUUCGUUGGUCGGAGUUCCCCUUGUGGAAAAGGUCGGUAGAAGAGGCUGUAUGUUGAUAUCAACCCUCGGGCAGUUUGUUUGUUAUUUGAUCAUCACGGUGUUGCUAUCCUACGCGGAAUCAAGCGCCGACGGAACGAAAUACGCAUCCGCUUCGAUUGCGUUCUUUUUCCUCUACUUCAUUGUGUUCGGUAUCGGUAUGCUUGGUGUGCCGUGGCUCUACCCUACCGAGAUCAAUUCGCUUCAGAUGCGGACCAAGGGCGCUGCCGUCGCGACAGCUACCAAUUGGUUAUCGAACUUUGUGAUUGUCGAGAUUACGCCCAUUGGUAUUCAAAACCUUGGCUGGCGUUUCUAUAUCAUCUGGACGGUUCUCAAUGCCGCAUUCAUGCCCGUGAUCUAUCUGUAUUAUCCAGAAACCGCAAACCGCAACCUGGAAGAUAUGGACGCUUAUUACCGGUCCAACCCUGCGCUCAUCGUCACCAAGGACCCGGAUGCCAUCUCAACAAAGCGCCCUCUGAAAUAUAUCCAACACGAGGACGAGGAGAUCCAGAUAAGCAAGAUGAGUCGGUCGACCAAAGUGGAGGACCUAGAAGUGGAGCAUGUCGAAUGA